AUGGGGGAUCGCUCUCAGGACGCAGAGGCAGGUGUGAGCAGUGGAAGAGCAGCCAGGGGAACAUCCCGCGCGCAAGCCGCGGUCAAUAUCGUAUCACCUCCUGGAUCCAAGACCCCGCCAAGCAUGCCCGCAAAGAAGACCCUCUUCUAUUCCGAUAAUCUGGGCAACCGCCCGAGAAUAGCGCCCGAAGGAUCACAGCCGGUGGAUGCAAAGGCUCUGGAGAAGGCGCUGAAGGAUAUGGAUGAGGCAGGGCGCCGACGUGAGAGGACUCCAGGAACCAGUCCUUGCCGAAAACGGCAACGUGUUUAUGGCGAUCGACUUGACGAGCAUGCGACUGACUUCAAUCAAAGAUUUAUCCCGAACCGCGAUGGUCAGGAUUUGCAGGCGACCUACAGCCUACUCCAUGAGGAUGGAUGUCCGUCCACUCCAUCCAAGUCCAAGCGACGCGCCCCGCACUCUGAAUUGCAUUUCCAGAAGACGGAAGAAGCAAAUCGGACAUUCUCUCGUGUCCUGCGCAGUGAACUCUUCGGAAACACCGUCCCUCAGCCCGAUCUCACCUCCGCCUCACCCGACCCAUUGAUGGGCUUCAGCAAUGGCAUCAAUGACAAGACCCGAUCUCAUACACCUCCCGCGCAUGUUGUCGCCAACCUCCCAUCAGCUAGCAUUACACCGUCGACCCCGCACAAGAAUCUCUUCAACUACGGUCCGACUCGGCCAGGAUCUGGCCAACCGACCCCCUCCAAAACUCCCAGAAGUGCUCAUGCACCAAACCUGAACGCCCGCUCGGAACUUUAUAGUCUCUCCCCCAUUCGAUAUGACAGUCAGCGUAUCCUUGAAACCCCGCGCAAACAACCCCGCUAUAUCAACAAGGUCCCUUUCAAGGUCCUCGAUGCUCCCGACCUGCAGGAUGAUUUCUAUCUCAACUUGGUCGACUGGGGCAGCAGCAAUGUGCUGGGCGUUGGGUUGGCUAACUCGGUCUACAUGUGGAAUUCGCAGUCUAGCCGAGUGACCAAGCUUUGUGAGCUGAAAGAUGAUACUGUCACCAGUGUGAGCUGGAUCCAGAGAGGUACACAUCUUGCCAUCGGUACGGGCAAGGGUUUAGUACAGAUUUGGGAUGCAGAGCAUUGUCGACGACUGCGGACAAUGAUUGGCCACACCAACCGUGUUGGCGCUUUGGCCUGGAAUGAUCACAUCCUCACAUCCGGUUCACGAGACCGUCUCAUUUAUCACCGAGAUGUUCGCUCUCCAGACCAGUACCUCCGCCGAUUAUCGGGCCACAAACAGGAAGUCUGCGGGUUGAAGUGGAAUACAGAAGAUGGCCAGUUGGCCUCUGGUGGCAACGAUAACAAAUUGAUGGUGUGGGACAAGCUGAACGAAACUCCCCUCUACCGCUUCUCCGAUCAUUGUGCGGCCGUCAAAGCCAUUGCCUGGUCCCCCCACCAACACCACCUGCUCGCGUCUGGCGGUGGUACCGCAGACCGCACGAUCAAAUUUUGGAACACCUCCACCGGCUCCAUGAUCAAGGAGGUGGAUACGGGUAGUCAAGUCUGCAACCUCUCCUGGUCUAAGAACUCCGAUGAGAUCAUCAGCACCCACGGCUACAGCCAAAACCAAAUCGUCGUCUGGAAGUACCCGCGUAUGGAGCAGGUUGUCUCUUUGACUGGUCACACAUUCCGUGUUCUGUACCUUGCCAUGAGUCCCGACGGUCAAACCGUCGUUACAGGUGCCGGCGACGAGACACUUCGUUUCUGGAAGAUUCAUGACAGGCGCGUUACACGGGAGUCGCGGCGAGAAGGCAGCAAAUUGACGGAAUGGGGCACCAUCCGCUAA